UUUGCUUCUCUACCCAGUCUCUAUCUAGGGCGAAAAGUAUAAAGACCCGGGCACGAAUUUGAAAGUUUCUUUCUCCUCUUGCAGCCAAAACAAAAAUGGCAAAACGAACAAGAAAAGUAGGCAUAACUGGUAAAUAUGGAACCAGGUAUGGUGCCUCGUUAAGAAAAAUGGCAAAGAAAAUUGAAGUUAGUCAGCAUGCCAAAUAUACUUGCCAAUUUUGUGGAAAGGAUGCCAUGAAACGAACUGUUGUUGGUAUCUGGAAAUGCAAAGGAUGUCGUAAAACUAUAGCUGGUGGUGCAUGGGCACCAAGCACAUCUGCCGCAAUCACUGUGAGAUCUGCCAUUCGUCGUUUAAGAGAAAUGCAAGAUAUGUAAUUUUACGUUUGUGAAAUAUUUAUUUAUUCCACAUCAAA